AUGACGAACGAAGAUAGUGGCAACUACAUCCUCGCAGCAGAUGUCGGUUCAGACGGACAAGUCAACCUCCGUGAAGCGUAUGCAACUGGCGGAAUGGGUCUUCAUGGGAUCAACGGAGGGAAUACUGGCCCAGAUGGACUUUUUGGGCAAGGUUCUGUAGCUGUGAGCAAUGUGACGAACAUGCUCGUUGCGGUCAACCCUGGAUCCGGAACAGUUUCCCUCUUCUCCAUCAACCCUUCUGACCCAAGCAAUUUGACACUCAUUGGUGACCCUGCGGGAAGUGGUGGUCAAUGGCCCACGUCGGUCACGUUCAACAAAGCUGGAGAUAUCGUUUGUGCUUUGAACGGAGGCGAAGUUAAUGGCGUCAGCUGUUUUUCCGUACACCAAACUUCCGGGUUAACACCUCUGGCCGACACCACCCGCUACCUCGGCAUCAACCAAACCACUCCUGCUGCUGGACCCACGAACACCGUCAGCCAGAUCCUCUUUUCCUCCGACUCUUCAAAGCUUCUCGUGGCUUACUCUGGUACAACACCCACUGCCCCAGGAUAUCUUGGGUACUAUGACAUCGGUGUUAAUGGAUCUCUCUCGAAGAACUUUUCAGCUAUUGCAUCUCCUUCUGGUGGUGUCUUACCGUUCUCCAUCACACCAGUUCCGGGCCAGGAAGCGUAUGUCGUCGCGGAUCCCGCGCUUGGUUUUGAAGUUUUCGAUCUCACUGGCGCGAAUCGUUCGUCGGCUGUGGCGAUCAGUGGGCAGGGUGCGACUUGCUGGUCGACGUAUAGUCCGAGUACUGGCAGUUAUAUGCUCAUUGAUGCUCAGGGAAGAAUUUUCGAGAUCGCGAUCGACCCUGCUACGCUGCAAUCAACUAUCAUUGGUAAUUAUACCCAGUUCCUCGGGGAUGGUCUUAUUGAUAGUGAUGUUAUGUCCGUCAACGGUACUGAUUACAUGUACACGCUCGCUGCCGGGAUAAACUCUCUCGAAGUCUUCGCGCUCCCUGCACCCGGUAGACUGCAGUCUGUUCAGCAAUUUAAUAUCAGUACUGCUGUGGAGUCCGUUGGUAUCACCGUCAGUGAGUGUAAUAUUAAGAAGCCUCCGGGUCCUAUGCGCCUUAUCUGA